UUUUUUUUCUUUUUUCCUUGCAAUUCAGGACGUUUAUUUGGCCACAUCGUCAUCACCGAUAAAGCAACAACAUGGGUGCAGCAAUAAGUUGCCUCGCAUUGCCUGCGCUUGGAAGCGUUGGAUCUAUUCUGGUCUCAUGCUUCUCCGCUGCUGCAUGUUCUCUCGCAUGUCGGUCAUGCAAUUGCAACAAUUCGAUCGCCACACGAGUAGGCUACGCUCUCAUUAUGCUUGUAAACUCUCUGCUGGCUUGGAUCUUACUCUCAGAUUGGGCAUCAAAGCAGUUAGAGAGUGUUACUCAUGGGUAUCUUAGACUUAAAUGUGAGGAUGCAUCAUGCUAUGGUACUUUGGGUGUUCAGCGGGUCGGGUUCGCGUUAGCGUUAUUUCACUUUAUCUUGGCGGGAUUAUUGGUUGGAGUCCACGAUUCGCGCUCGAAGAGAGCUGCUAUCCAGAACGGAUGGUGGGGUCCAAAAGUAUUGGCAUGGAUUGCACUUGUGAUUGCAUCAUUCUUCAUUCCUACAGGAUUCAUCAUGUUUUAUGGCAACUACGUGGCAUUAAUCGGCGCAACAGUCUUUAUUCUCUUUGGAUUGAUCCUGCUUGUCGACUUUGCACACACCUGGUCUGAGACCUGUAUCACCAAAUGGGAGGAUUCUGACACCAACAAAUGGAAGUUUAUCCUUGUGGGAUCCACUUUAAUAAUGUAUUUGGGCGCCAUCAUCCUCACAGGGGGCAUGUAUCGACAUUUUGCCGGCAGUGGUUGUAGCAAGAAUAUCUUUUGGAUCACUUUCAAUCUUAUUCUUUCCAUUGCUGUGACUGUCAUUGGUAUCUUACCUGCCGUUCAGGAAGCGAAUCCUAGAUCUGGUCUGGCGCAGUCAUCCAUGGUGGUAAUUUAUUGUACUUAUUUAGUCCUCAGUGCCGUAGCAAAUGAACCUGUGGAUGAUGACAACCUGGACUGUAAUCCAUUGAGUAAAGCAAGAGGCACUAGGGCAACGACAGUUUUGAUGGGGGCUUUGUUCACGUUCUUGGCAGUCGCAUACUCAACAUCUAGAGCCGCUACUCAAGGUGGUAAAGCCAUGAUCAGCAAUGGUGACUAUGCUCCUCUCAACUCCGAUAGCGCUGUGCCCAUGGUUACCAGCCCCCCCAAUGGGUCUUCGAUGCGCCGGUCAGAUGCUUUGCUUGCAGCUGUCGAGAGCGGAGCGCUACCGGUGUCUGCACUGGAUGAUGAUGAUGAUGAUGAUGAUGAUGAGAGCUACGAUGUCAGGGAUGAUGAGAAGAACGGCUGCCAAUACAACUAUUCAUUCUUCCACAUCGUCUUUGCUAUCGCUGCUAUGUAUAUCUCUAUGGUUUUGACUAACUGGAAUACAUUUAAAAGGCCAGAGGGUGAGGAGCAUUUGAUCUUGAUCGGACAGAGCUGGCCCGCUGUCUGGGUCAAGAUCUUAUCAUCUUGGAUCUGUUAUGGUCUCUACGGGUUCUCACUUUUGGCCCCUGUCGUUUUCCCAGAUCGAUUCAUGGAUUACUAAGAAUAUUAAGGCUAGCAUUCAUAGACAUGUCAAUUUUCAAUAUAUCCGAUUUACCUAUUUUACCAAACAGAUAGUUUGGGAAAAAUACAAGUAAUAAAAAAAAAGAUCCUCAUGCG